UUUGCAGAGGAAAUGAUUUAAACAUAAUACAAAGUUUAAACAAAUCAUAUUUGUAACAAAUGACCAGAAAAAACUGUACCUCACUGACUGAGUUCAUCCUGCUGGGAUUAGCAGACACCCUGGAGCUACAGAUCACUCUCUUUUUGCUCUUUGUUGUGAUUUACACACUCACAGUCCUGGGGAAUGUGGGGAUGAUCCUGCUAAUCAGGGUGGACUCUCGACUUCACACACCCAUGUAUUUCUUCCUGGCUAACUUGUCCUUUGUGGAUGUUUGCUACUCAUCCACCAUCACCCCAAAGAUGCUGGUAGAUCUAUUGUCUGAGAAGAAAACCAUCUCCUUUGCUGGCUGCUUCCUGCAGAUGUAUUUCUUUAUCGCCCUGGCAACAACCGAAUGCAUCCUCUUUGGGUUAAUGGCCUAUGACCGCUAUGUGGCCAUAUGUAACCCACUCCUUUACUCCUUAAUCAUGUCCAGGACAGUCUGCCUUAAAAUGGCAGCUGGGGCCUUUACAGCAGGAUUGUUGAACUCCAUGGUUAACACAAGUUAUGUAAGCAGCUUACCAUUUUGUGGUUCCAAUAUCAUCCAUCACUUCUUCUGUGACACCCCCCCUCUUUUUAAGCUCUCUUCUUCUGACACACACCUGAAUGAAACUGUCUUUAAAAAAAAUUGUACCUCACUGACUGAGUUCAUCCUGCUAGGAUUAGCAGACACCCUGGAGCUACAGAUUACCCUCUUAAUGCUCUUUUUUGUGAUUUACACACUCACAGUCCUGGGGAAUGUGGGGAUGAUCCUGCUAAUCAGAGUGGACUCUCGACUUCACACACUCAUAUAUUUCUUCCUGGCUAACUUGUCCUUUGUGGAUGUUUGCUACUCAUCCACCAUCACCCCAAAGAUGCUGGUAGAUCUAUUGUCUGAGAAGAAAACCAUCUCCUUUGCUGGCUGCUUCCUGCAGAUGUAUUUCUUUAUUGCCCUGGCAACAACUGAAUGCAUCCUCUUUGGGUUAAUGGCCUAUGACCACGAUAUGGCCAUAUGUAACCCACUCCUUUACUCCUUAAUCAUGUCCAGGACAGUCUGCCUUAAAAUGGCAGCUGGGGCCUUUACAACAGGAUUGCUGAACUCCAUGGUUAACACAAGUUAUGUAAGCAGCUUACCAUUGUGUGGUUCCAAUAUCAUCCAUCACUUCUUCUGUGACAGCCCCCCUCUUUUUAAGCUGUCUUGUUCUGACACAUGCCUGAAUGAAAGCAUUUUUUCCACUUUUGCUGGUGUGAAUAUGGUCGGUGCUCUGCUGGCCAUCCUUACUUCCUACUCCUACAUUCUCUUCUCCAUCUUUCGUAUGCAUUCAGGGGAGGGGAGGCGCAAAGCAUUCUCAACUUGUGCCUCCCACUUGACUGCUAUAAUUCUGUUCUAUGCAACCUCCAUCUAUACUUAUCUGAGACCCAGUUCUAGCUACUCUCUGAGUCAGGAUGAAAUGGCUUCCGUGUUCUACACAGUGGUGAUCCCCAUGCUGAACCCUCUGAUCUACAGCCUCAGGAAUAAGGAAGUAAAGAAGGCUUUAUGGAAUGUGAUUACCAGGAAAAGAAUUCCUUCAUUUAUGUGAUUGCAUGGGUAAUUUUCCAAAAUAAGUGGAGUAUUUAAUUAACCUUCAAAGCCUAGUUCAAGCAUAUUGGUGUUCAUUAAAGUAUUUUCAAAGUAAAUACAUUCUGUAAAUACUCAAGUAUCUAUCUCCAAUCUUGGGUAAUAUAGAUUCAGAUACUAACACAGGACUACAGGACCUUCAUCUUAUAAUUGUGUAACUUCACUGGGUCCUUACCAAUACAGUUUAUUCAUAAUGAAAUCUUGGCCAUGGAAAUUAAGGGAUUAAGUGUUUAGAAAUAAAAGUCACAGUGUUAAAAGACCUACCAGGUAGAAUAUUUUGGACUAUCCAUUCAUUGUUUCCCUUAAGUAUUUAUUUUCACCACUCUUAAAAUAAUUGUUUUCCAUAUGUCAUAUAUUUAAAAAAUGCUUUCAUAUUGUAAUGGAUUUUCUUUUUUAAUUUAUUGAUAUUCCUCAUGGAGAGAGUUGCUUAAAUCAAAUUUCAGAGGUAUAGUUUUAUUAAAAUGCUAAACUUCCAAACAUUUAUUUCUCUUUUCCCACCUAUGUUUACACGUACGUUAAUUAAAGAAUACAUAUGAGUUUGUUUAAAGAUAUGCCAUCAAGAAAACUGCUGACUGAUUAAAAUUCAUCAUUUAUAGUACUCUUUCCAUCUUACCCUUCUCCUCAAAAAAUUCUAAGACUUUUUCUCCCUUUCUCUAUCCUGGAUUCAAACAUACACAAAAUCACACACAAAAGCACCCAAGUACUACAAAGAGUUCAGUGGGGCAUAGUUCCAAAGGACGUAGAUAAAUAUUCAGUGGAUGACUAUGACCCUAAUUCUUUAGAACUGGCUUUUAAUUUUUCUUUUCAUAGAAUUCUUCCCUCAAUUAUCAAAAAAACUUGCAAUUAAUCUCAAUAGUAAUGCUAAGCAUUAUUAAUAUGAAGGUAGGCAUGUAUUAAGGGAAUCAAAUAUGUGAUUAAAAUAUUGCACAAACAAAUGGUAAUUUUCGUGUAUUGAAUUGUGCCCCGCCAAAAUAUGUGUCCACUUGGUUAGGCCAUGAUUUCCAGUAUUGUGUGGUUCUCCUCUAUUUCGUGACUGUAAUUUUAUGUCAAAGAGGAUUAGGGUAGGAUUGUAACACCCUUACCCAGGUUGCAUCCCUGAUCCAAUAUAAAGGGAGUUUCCCUGGGGUGUGGCCUGUACCACCUUUUAUCUUACAAGACAAAAAAAGGACAGGGAAGUAAGCAGAGAGGGGAAA